GUGUAUUAAUAACACACUACCUAUUCAUAUAAGUAUUUAUUCAUCAUCUACAUAUUCAUAUUGAGCUUCUACGUCUGUGUACAGGAACGUAUUAUUUGGAAGAGAAAAUAUAUCAGCUUAUUGUUCAAUUAUUAUGACGUUUUUUCCAAUACAAAAAGUGUAGUAACUAUUGUUUCCAAACUGCGUUACCCACUCCAGUCAGCAGAUGGCGGAUAUGCGUCUUUCAGGUGAUGCUUCUUGCGUGACGUAUAAUUUACUGGACGGGACGCUUCUUCAGGAACAACAACACGGCUACUCUUUCAACCACCUCGGUAGCUUGCUAGCCAACAUUAAACUGAAAGAUUGACGCUUUAGACCAUGUUAAUGUACAUUAGCUAAUCUCACUGUUGUAAACACAAUUCUGUAGACGUAUUAACUGGUUAACUUUAACCUAAUUUGCCUGUUCAAUUUGCAAACUUGUUAAAGAUUGAUGCUGAGCCUAGCACUAGGCUAGUCGCUAAUGCUAACUAGCUAACAUCACUGACCAUGAGUUCACUAAACUACUCAUCCCCUGCUAAAGAAGAGGAGGUCUGCUGUACGGAGAAAGAAGCUCUGGCGCUGAACAUUGUCGUGGAAGAAGAAGAAGAGGAGGAGGAUAUUACAGUGAAAGGAGAGAAAGAACCUUUCAGAAUGAAAAAGGAGGAAGAGGAGGCUGUUAUAGUGGAGGAAGAAGAGGCUGUUAUAGUGAAGGAAGAAGAGGCUGUUAUAGUGAAGGAAGAAGAGGGUGUUAUAGUGAAAGAAGAGAAAGAACCUUUCAGAAUGAAAAAGGAGGAAGGGGAGGCUGUUAUAGUGAAGGAAGAAGAGGCUGUUAUAGUGAAAGAAGAGAAAGAACCGUUUAGAGAGGAAGAGGAUGCUAUCUCAAUAAAGGUGAAGAUGGAAGACGUUAUGGGAGUGAAAGAGGAGGAGACAGAAUAUCAGAUUACCACCAGAGAGAGACAUGACUAUGGUGGAUCCUCUGGGGAGCCUCAACAACAUCCUGAUGCUGACGAGUCAGAGAAGAGUCUCUACAAAUCAGAACACCAGAUGGACAACGCUAGCCCUUCCUCCCUCCUGGAGUCCCCGUGUCGUGCCUCUCCCGGUAGCACCUUACUGCUGGGUAUGAAGAGGUUGUCUGUGUUGCUGGUGGACUGCAGGAAAACAACGGGGCUGAGUGGAACUGUGAGAGGAGGAGAAGAGAAGAAAGGAUCAGAUUUGACUCAUCAAAUGUCUUUGGCAGGAGAAAGACCAGACUCAGUGGAACCAGAGACGUCCAAACCAGCAAGACGACACCAGUGCUCCCAGUGUGGAAAGAGUUUUAACCACUUACGUAACCUGAAAACACAUGAGAGAAUACACACACAGGUAAAGCCUUACCACUGCUCUCWGUGUGGAACGGGCUGUAACCGGUUAAGGGACCUGAAACAACAUGAGAGAAUACACACAGGGGAGAAGCCUUACCACUGCUCCCAGUGUGGAAAGCGUUUUACUACUUAUGUAACCUGAAAACACAUGAGCGUAUACAACACAGGGAGAAGCUUACCAC